GAGGACUUGUUCAGAUAAGGUUCAAGGCAAUUAAACCGAUUAAUUAAAAAAUACAGAGAUGUGAACCUUAUCUAACAUUACAUUAUAUUUACUCAGAUUCCGUUGACACAGAGAUGUGCAAUCACUCGAUUUAAACGCAUUUAUUAAGUGUCAGUGUACCUAAUACCCAGAAAUAGUUCAUUUUUUGUCAUGUUAACCCGAACUUGUGUUAAUCGGUAGCCAAUCAUAAGCCUUGAAUAAUUAAACAAUGAGUUUGUUUUUACGUUUGGCGAUGUGAUAAACUGAUUCCUACACCAAAUUUUUUCCCACUUCUGGAUUCUCCACAGUACAGGAAGCUCAAUAAAUUGACGUGUUAACCUCUGCUUAAUGCAAAUCGGGUUCUUUAUUAGCCAUCGACUCUCCAUUGUUCGUGCAGUGCUAGUGAAAGCGGGUUCAAACUGUGGUUCAAACCGUGGGUUAUCCAGUUCGAAAAAACCGCCCUUCGUGCAUCCAAGUGAUCGCGUGUCACAAACGUCAAAACGAAACGUCAAUAGGGUAGUGUCAAAACAUACGCUCUUCAGUAUUAUUAGUUUAAUUAAAAUGUACGUACCUUUAUUAAACUUUCUCUUAUUUUCUGUGAUUCUGAGGCUAGGAGCCACCAAUUUCCUAAAAUCAGCCCGCGAGCGACACCAAAAUCAGGUAGCAAGUACCGAAGACUUUCGCUAUUUGGCAGCUUCAAGUGACCCCAAUUAUAUCAAUAAAGUACUCGAUAAUAUUCUCGUACCUCGCGUUGUGGGUACCCCAAAUCAUGAAAAAGUCUUCAAGUAUAUAAAAAAAGAGCUGCGCUUGUUGAACUGGCACGUGGACGUCGACGAGUUUAUGGAUAAAGUGCCGAUUUUCGGUAACUUAAAAUUCAAGAAUAUAGUGGCCACACAUAACCCCCAAGCUGAGAGAUAUUUGGUAUUAGCGUGCCACUACGACAGCAAGUACUUCAAAGAUAUUGAGUUCGUGGGGGCGAUAGAUUCGGCGGUGCCGUGCGCUAUGAUGCUCGAAAUCGCCAAAACUUUGUCACAAGACUUGCAAAAAUCAAAAAAUAAAAAUGUAGCUCUCAAAUUGGUGUUCUUUGAUGGAGAAGAAGCGUUUGAGAAUUGGGGGCCUCAUGACUCUAUUUACGGUGCUAAACACCUGGCUAGAACACUCCACAGUAACAGAAGUCUGAUUAACGGCGAAAACGUGUCAGAACUUGACAAAAUCGACAUGUUAGCGCUGCUAGAUCUAAUUGGGUUUAGAAAUCCACAAUUUUUGAACUUUUUUGAAAACACGAAACGAUGGUUUUUGCGACUUAUUGAAAUUGAGAACACCUUACAUGAGAUGAACUUGUUGAAGAACCACUAUAGUAAUUAUUUUCUAGCGAGAAGUUCUUAUGGACGAAUUGAGGAUGAUCAUUUGCCUUUUUUGAAACGAAAUGUACCGAUUUUGCAUGUAAUUAGUACUCCGUUCCCGCCUGAGUGGCACACCGCCAAAGACAACCGUGAUAUUGUUGACAUGGACACAGUAGUUAACAUCAAUCUGAUUUUGAAAGGGUUUAUAAGCGAAUAUCUACACUUGUCAGAUUCACCCACGAACAAUGAAUCCAAAUCACACGUCCUAGAGGGCAGCUAUGGUAUCGUGGAUUAUCUUCUAUAUCAGCCGUUACUGUAUUACGUACUUCUUUAAAAUAACACUUUACAAUAGAAAAAAAACGGCUUUUUAAACUGUAAAAAUCAAGUUUAAAUAUUAAGUAGUUUAUCAUCAGAGACUU